AUGGAGUCCUUCCUGCAGGGGGACGUCUGCCAGGACCUCCGUGAGAUAAGCGUCGUCAACCUAAUAGUCUCCAUUGUCAUUGUCAUUGGCAUGCUCAUCAGCUAUCUGCCACAACAUGCUCGCAUCAUCUCGAGAGGUACAUCAGAAGGGAUAUCGCCCUACUUUGUUCUGCUGGGGACAACAUCCGCAACUUCUGCGUUUGCAAACAUCCUGCUGCUGCCUAAGUCUCGCCAGGAUAUUUCUUGCUGCAAAGAGGUUGAGACCUUCCAUUGCGUAGCUGGUCUACUUGGUAUCGCGCAACUGGGAGUUCAAUGGAUAUGCUUUACCUUCAUUUUCGUUCUCUUUUUGGUUUUCUUCCGAUACAACCCUGUGGAGGAUCCGGACAACGAGGCGCUUGUCGAAGAACAGCCUAGAUGGCAGACCGCUCUACUGGUAGCAUCUCUCACCCUGCUCCACGGCCUGGCAGUCAUUGUCGUCACGGGUAUCUUGAGCACCAUCGCCCAUGACAAGCUCGCCCUCUGGGCCAAUGUGCUCGGCGUCAUGGCCGCUCUUCUCGCUGCUAUCCAGUACAUCCCCCAAAUUGGACCACCUACCACCCUCAAGCACGUCGGCAGCUUGAGUAUCCCGAUGAUGUGCAUCCAGACUCCCGGCGGGUUCGUCUUCGCAGGCAGCCUAUUUGCGCGGCUAGGUUGGGCCGGAUGGAGCUCGUGGGGUAUCUUUGUCUUGACGGCGACGAUGCAAGGCUUGCUGCUUUAUAUGGCCAUCUACUACGAGAUCCAGGCGCGCAAGGAGCUGUCUAAGACGCUGCUCCAUGGCCAGGCGCCUUCGCAUCUGUAUGCUAAUGGCUUCGAUGACGAUACGCCGGGUCGGUUCACCUCGCAUCCGGAGCACUAUGCGAAUAGCCAGGACCAGUUGCAGACUAUUUUGGACAGGCAAGAGAGUGAUGCUGCUGCUGAGACUACACCGUUGCUCAAGUCUGGUGGAAUUGGGAAUUCGGGUUCGAAUUAG